AUGUCUUACAGAUCUCAACUUGCAGAAGUAGAUUUAGGAAAUCUGCUUAUUGAAGAUAAGUGUCCUUUGAACCAGUUUAAUGAAGUUUCGUCUUUAGAUGAUGAUCACUAUAGAACGAUUUCUCUCGAUUGCACUCAUCAUUUUUUCAAGCUAUUUUUCGAAGUAAUUGUAUUGUACUUUCACGGUUUAUUUCAGCUACCGACGGAAUCAAAUGAUUCUGUAUCUGUUUCCAUUCUCCCAAAACCUACUUUUCGUCUCCCCAGAGAGAAAAAGAUCCCCUCAACCAAAGAACUUACUAGAUGGGACAGAUUUGCACGCUUAAAGGGGAUCCAGAAUCGUAAGAAGUCCCGCAAAGUUUGGGAUCCUGUGUCUGAAUCAUGGAAACCAAGGUGGGGUAAAGACCGGAUCGAUGAUUUUAAAGACAAAUGGGUACUUGAAGUUCCGGAUAACGCAGAUCCCUAUGAGGAUCAGUUUGCCAAAUUAUCACAAGCUAAAAAGGAACGUAGAGCCAAAAACGAGCUCCAGCGUCUCCGCAAUAUUGCCCGAACUGUCAAAGCGGGACAAGCUCCUCCUAUUGGCGUUUUAACGGAAUCACAGUCGUCUAAAACUGAACUGUCACGUGCUUUCGCAAUUGCUCAAAACUCUGAUGCAUCAAUGGGUCGUUUUUCUGCUCCAGUGGAUAGCCGAAAACUUUCUAAGAAAGUUGAAAAACGAUCUAAGAAAAGAAUUCCACUGAGUCAAGUUGUUCAAAGUACUAAAAAGAGUAAACAGAAUAAGUCAAUAUCCAGAACAACAAAAAAGAAUAAGAUGAGUUCACGCCCUUCUAAAAAGAAAUAG